AUGGAUGCUGAAAGUCCAAGUACAUCUAAAGAGCGCCCAAAAGCGGGGCAUUUGACUGGUUUAAAAAGAUGUUUUCAGACCUUAGUAGAUCGCAAACAAUUAAAUCUAGAUACUGCUGUAUUAGAAUUAAUGUUAAAGCAUGAAAUAUUAAUAGAUCUAGAUAAACUAGACAGAGUUUUGGCCAUAGUUUUACCACAUAUGCUUGUUUACUAUAUGAAAAACUGGCCAGGCUGGCAGAAAAGUCCUGAAUAUUACAGUGGUAAACUAAGUUUUAAGGAUUGGUUUUUGAAAUUCAGGCAGUACUUAAGUGUUAAGUUAAAUUAUUUAAUAAAGAACGGUUAUAGCGAAAUUAUGAAUCAAGAAGAUGAAGCUGAAGUACACUCCUCAGAAGAUACUGUAGUGCCCCCUACAGAAAUGGCUCCAUUUGUUGUCAACAUACAAGGAGCUCCAAAAUAUUUGUCUACUCUGGUAUUCGAUGUUAAAAAGGACGAUAUAACAAUACAUCGCCAUUUAGAACCUGAAUGGACAGACAUAUCACUAAGAGAGUUCGUGAAUUGGCCAUAUGUGGGGAUAGAAUUUAGAAGUAGCGAAUUUGCUUUUAAACGAUUUAACAAAAAUGAAUAUCGAAGAUGGUUAAAUCUGACUUCGUGUUCUGUAGCGUUCGGAGCAGUUAAAUUUAUAGAGGAAGCCAGGAUUAUUAAUAAAGAGACUAGCAGAUCAGUUCAUACUCUAGAGAGGAUAUACGCUUAUGCAAAACAAUUUGUUCAGGUGCUUAGCAGCUAUAACAUGAAGAGUAAGAUCAGCACAAACACAUUGGAACUCAUAGAAGUCUUACUUGAAGAAUUUCUUAAAGACAUUAAAGAAAUUGGCAUCAAUAACACAUUCGCAACAAAUACUGUAGUAGUAUUUAAUAUUGGACAACAGGCUUAUAUAAGAAACAAGAAACUCGAGAAUAAAGAAGCUAACCUAAAUAGACAAGUCGGUUUAUGCGAGGUACUGAUACCCAAAAUGGAAAUUCAGAUGAACUACUUCUCGGCACUCGAGGACACCACCACCGCCCAUACAUCUUUCUGUCAUCUCAAUGAAGUGAGCAGAUUGAUUCUCGAGAACGUAUCAUGCUGCACUAAAUUCAUACCAACAUUAAUUUUUAAAUGUCUAUUUUGUAACGUACAAUUCGAUACACAGCCGUGUUUAUUAAAUCAUUUUCAAGUUCACCACGGCAUGGAACCUCCUUUUUCGUGUAACAACUGCAACAGGUCGUUUACUAUUCCUGAAUUGGCUAGAUCUCGAUGGUGUCAUGAAUGCAAGAAGUGA